AUGCUGUUGCUGAGGCUUCUCUUCUUUACAGUGCUGGCUGCAGCAUUUCAUGCUAUUCCAGUUUCAACUCGUAAUCAUGAAGUUGAUGAUGAUCCAAAUUUCAACCCAUUCAUCAAUCUGGGAGCAAAAACCCGACUUAUUGAGGGAGACAUAGCCCUACCUCCUGGUCGGGUUGGUCUUAUUAACACUAUAUACAGAUGGAAGUUCCCUAUUCCGUAUAUUCUGUCUGACAGCCUGGACCUUAACGCAAAAGGUGCUGUCCAUCAGGCAUUUGAAAUGUACCGCUUAAAGUCAUGUGUUGACUUUAAACCCUAUGAGGGAGAGAAGACAUACAUCAAAUUUGAGAAAAGAGAUGGGUGCUGGUCUUCUGUGGGAGAUCAACAAAAUGGGCAGGUGCUUUCUCUGGGGCCAGGCUGUGAUCAUAAGGCAGUGAUCGAGCAUGAACUGUUGCAUGCUCUGGGCUUUUACCAUAUGCAGUCUCGCCAAGACCGAGAUGACUAUGUGAAGAUCUGGCUAGAUCAGGUCCAAGACGGCCUGGAGCAUAAUUUCAACAAAUACGAUGACAGUUUUGUCACAGAUCUUAAUACACCAUAUGACUAUGAGUCUGUCAUGCAUUAUCGUCCAUUUGCUUUCAACAAAGAUCCCAGUAUUCCUACCAUCACAACCAACAUCCCUGAAUUCUUCAACAUCAUAGGGCAAUACCUGGACUUUAGUGAAAUGGAUAUCAUAAGACUGAAUCGAAUGUACAACUGCUCCUCAAGUCUUACCCUGCUGGACCAGUGUGCUUUUGAAAACAUAAAUAUUUGUGGGAUGGUACAGAGUUCAACUGAUGAUGCUGAUUGGGUCCAUCUUAAGAGCUCUCCUGGCUCUGAGGAUCAUACUCUCAUCGGAAAAUGCAGAGAUUUAGGAUAUACUAUGCAUUUUGACACCUCCGUUGGACAGGCAGAGCAAUCCGCUCUCCUUGAGUCCCGCAUCCUCUACCCAAAGAGAAAGAUCCAAUGCCUUCAGUUUUUCUACAAAAUGACAGGCAGUGUAAAGGACAGGCUCGUGAUUUGGACCAAGAUGGAUGAUGGAACAGGAACAGUGCGUAAAUUAAAGAAAGUGCUCACAAUAUGGGCUGAUGAAGACAAGUCGUGGAAGAUUGCUCAUGUGCCUAUGGAAGUUGGGGUCAAAUUCCGCUAUUCCUUCCAGGCAGUGAGGGGAGACCCUACCAACUCUAAAGGAGGCAUGUACAUUGAUGACAUGAGCAUGUCAGAGACGCGCUGCCCAGCCGCUGUCUGGCGCAUCCAGAACUUCUCUCGCAUUCUGCAGACGUCUAACUAUGAUACAGUGCUGAACAGCCCUCGUUUCUACAGCCCUGAAGGUUACGGUUAUGGCAUUCAAGUGCGUCCUUUUUCUGGCUACUCUGAUUACACGGGCAACUACACUGGUCUGUACUUCCAUCUGGCCAGUGGUGACAGUGACGUUGUAAUGCAAUGGCCUGCUGUGAACCGCCAGGCCACCAUAGUGGUGAUGGACCAGGAUCCAGACAUUAAGCUGAGGAUGUCUUCUGCUCGUAGUCUCACCACUGACCUAGACCCAAGUAUGUCCUCAGCUUUCGCUAUUUUUUGGGACAAUCCAAGAAAGGUUGGGACCUAUGACCCGAACUGCCAGUGUUACCGUGGAGAGUCAAAGGGAUGGCGCAAUUUCAUCAAACAUUAUGACUUGCGCAGGCGAAAUUACCUGAAAAACGAUGACCUCAUCAUCUUUGUUGACUUUGAGGACUUAACAACCUUGGUAAAUUCUGAAGUUCCAGUUGCACCGAAGGUUUGAGGCCUCUUUGGGUGAGGAUUUCUUUUAAAUACAGUAGUUUUAUUCUUUACAAUUUAUUUUAA